GGGGUCUCCCACUCGCAUAUAGAAAGGCGUAGAGGUAAAAGUUGCCUGGCCAGCAAGUGCCUCCUGGUGAUAUAUAAAGAGAGCGAGCGGGAGACGGUGCGCAGUCACUCCAGGAUGAAGCUUCAGAUCACGUGGAUAGCUGUUGUGGUGUUGACGACGGCGGCGACAGUGGCGGCGGUGCCAGGCAAGGGCAAGAAGGGUGGCGACAAAGGCCAUGGUGGUUACACGGCCCACCAGACCGUUCUGACGUACAAGCCGGUGGAAGUGUACAAGCCAGUGGUGGUGCAGAAGCCGGUAAUAGAACACCACCCAGUGUACGUAAAGAAACCCAUCAUAGUUCGCCCCGCCCCUCAACCCAUCAUGGUGCAGAAGCCAGUAGUGUACCACGUGCAGGAGUGGAAGCUGGUCACCGUGCCCAAAGUUAGGUACGAGCCAGUCUACGUUCACAAGAUUCCCGUGGAGUAUGGUAAGGGCAAGGGCAAGGGAGGCGGCCUCUUCGACGGCUUCGGCUUCGGUAAAGGCAAGGGCAAAGGAGGUGGAGGAGAAGAUGAAGGAUACUGGUAAGAUGGUUCACGUCUCUUGCCCUAGCGUCCUGCCUGAGCAUCCUGCUCGGGCGUCCUGUCUGGGCAUCCUGCCCUAGCAUUCUACCUGAGCGUCCUGCCCAGGCUGACCAGUGCCUCACACCUCUCAUGUCAUCAGUACUUCUCAUCAAAACUACACAUGACGAAUUGCUUCACGACACACGUCUGAAGUGAUGAUAGUCUGGCAGUGUGGUAGAGCCAGGCAGCCAGCGGCAGCCAGGCCUCACUUUGUUGUUGUUGUUGUUCAUAAUUUCAUAAACUUACCUCAUCCCAUGUACUCACUCGGUCGCUCUCGCAGCUCUCAUGUUUACUCUGUUUCUAUGUAUAUAAUUUAGUAAUGACCUCAGUUUUGUUUUUAUCACUCUUUUUAUACUCUUGUUUGUCAAUAAAAUAUUAAGAAAUC